AUGUCAGCCUACCAACCCCAACAAACCACGACCGCCGACCAAACUGCCAGCGCCAUCGACGCCACAGCCCGCACCGUCCACUACAAGUGCGGCGACUGCGACAUGGACGUGCCUCUCAAGCGCGGGGAGCCCAUCCGGUGCAGGAACUGUGGUCAUCGUGUGCUUUACAAGCAGAGGACCAACCGGAGGACAAAGAGCGCGGCGCGUGACAAGACAAUGAACAAGAUGAGAGGAGGAGGGGGACAUGCGCGUGUUGAGAGGAGAUGA